AAAAUGAGAGCACACACAACUGUAACUGUUUUCGCACUCAUUGCUGCUGCCUGCUUGGGUAGUGCCCACUGUGGUAUCUUAACGAAACUUGCUGACCCUCUGAAGCAAGCUGGCAACGUCGGCAAUGCGCUGGGCGGUGCAAACCAAAUACCCAGCCAUGGCAAUGACAGCGUAAGUCAAGGAAACGGCCAAUCAGAUGUGAAUGAGAUUUUGCCUGAAUUGGAAUCCCUAACGAAUGUCAUCAAUCCUAUAUCUGGAGAACUUGGACUUCUUAAAAAAUUGCUCUCCUUGCUCGGCGAACUGUUGUCGGCCAUAAAACCUGGUAACUCUGGGGAAGAUGGCGAUGUUGAAGAAUCAACUACAUCUGCAUCAACUGAGCAAGCUCCCCUCGACGAAUCAACUGUCCCUGAGGUGGUGCCCAGCGAGUCAACUGAGCAAGCUCCACUCGACGAAUCAACUGUUCCUGAGGUGGUGCCCAGCGAGUCAACUGAGCAAGCACCACUCGACGAAUCAACAGCCUCUGAAGAGCCACUCGACGGAUCAACUGCCCCUGAAUGUGAGACAAACAACUCAUCGCAAGAGUCGGCUUCGGACUCAAUUGACGGAGCGGAUUAUAUAUCAACCUCGGCAGCUGAAGAGCCAACCGACUCGAGUGAAGAUGAAUCACAUGAAGAUGUGAGUUUGACUGAUGUUGCAGCUGAGACAGGAAGUGAAGAACCAGUUGAAAAUGUUGAAUAAUAUUUUUUUAAAUCUCUGCCAAUGUCAUUUAUACUUUA